AUGAUUUUGUGGUACUAUUUAUAUCAUUUUGUUAUAUUAUGUGUUUUUACCAUACGAAAUAUCGAACAAAAAACCUCCCCAAUUGACACUGGCAAAAAUUCUGCAGCGGAACGGUUUCGGAAACCGUUGUUAAGUCCGGAGCACAAGUGCGGACAGAUGGACAUUUUCAUUACUAUCGCUCAGGUGCCUGUAUUCGAAAUGGACGUUUUUCGAUUCGAAUCUAUACAUAAGGUUGCGAUAGAAGUUGAUUCCGGCGAACAAAUAGAAAAGAUACGAACUAGCGCAUUUGUACUUUAA